AAUGAUACUUCCCUCCUUGCUCUAUUUUCGUCUUCACGACCCAACCGCCGGAUUAUCUCUUCCUCAGGUCCUCCUCCGUCUUGUCGCGAGUUUCGACCACUCUCGCCGGCGGCUAUUUUCCGGCGACUAUCGAUUCUUCAUGGAGAAGAAAAUGGGUUUAGAUUCUUUCGAACAACGAUGUAAUAAUGGUGAACGAGAAAGGGUAAACUGGAAUCCGACAAUGGAACAGUAUUUCAUCGACCUUAUGUUGGAUCAGAUGAACAAAGGGACCAGAUUAGGGCAUACAUUCAGUAGACAAGCCUGGACCGAGAUGUCAGCGAUGUUUAACGCUAAAUUCAGAUGCAAAUACCACAGAGAUAUGCUGAAAACCCAUUACAGUGUUUUGUGGAAGCAGUACCAUGACGUUAAGGAGCUUCUAGUGCGGGAUGGUUUCAUGUGGGACGAUGCCCAUAAAAUGGUGGUUUCUGAUUCAUGUUCUUGGGAUGAUUAUAUCAAGGGUCAGCCAGAUGCUGCAAUUUAUAGAGGGAAAUCCAUGCCACAUUUUGAUGAUUUGUGCUUGAUUUAUGCGUAUACAAAAGCAGACGGGAGAUACAGCCGUUCUAGUCAUGACCUGGAAUUUGAUGAUGAAGUCCAAGGGCUGAUUGCCAGUUCUGUUGACGAUGACAUUGCUCUUGUGAAAAUGGAACAUGCAGAACCAGAAUGGACAGCGGCUAUGGACCGAUACUUCAUAGAGCUUAUGAUGGACCAAACUAGAAGUGGAAACAGAAAUAAUGACACAUUCCACAAGCAUGCAUGGAAGGACAUGUGCGAGAUGUUGAACUCCAAAUUUUGUUCCCACUACAGCAUUGGAUAUCUUAAACUCCGUCAUAAGGAGCUCUCCGAGUAUUACUGUGACAUACAAAAUCUCCUGAAACAAAAUGGGUUUUUCUGGGAUGAGGAAAGACAGAUUAUACUGGCUGAAAAUGAUGUAUGGGAUAGCUAUAUCAAGGUGAAUCCAGAGGCUCAAUCCUUGAGAAAUGAGACGUUAUUGGGCUAUCGAGAUUUGUGUUUGAUAUAUGACAACAAGAAAAAUAACGGGCCAAGGAAUCUUGUACAACAUGAUAAAUUCGCUGAGGAUGUUUUCUUACCUGAAAGGAGUGAUAUUGUAGGUCAUUUUUCUGCUGGAAGUGAGAUUCUGAAAGUAAGCUGGACUCCAUCUAUGGACCGUUAUCUGAUUGAUUUGCUUCUUGACCAAGCUUUACGAGGGAAUCAAAUUGGUGAUACAUUCACUGAUGAGGCUUGGACUGAAAUGACCACAAUUUUCACACGCCAAUUUGGAGCUUUCUAUGACAAUGUUUCUUUAAAGCAACAGUUAAAAGUCUUGCAUAGACAAUACAAUGACAUCAAUAUUCUCCUGGAGCAGAGCAGGUUCUAUUGGGAUGACACUCGAGAAACAGUAGUUGCCGAAGAUCAUAUUUGGGGGAACUAUAUCAAGGAACAUCCUGAGGCUGCGGUUUAUAGAAACAAAUCAAUUUCCAGCUAUCACAAGCUGGGUGUCAUUUUUUUCGAUGAAAAUUCUCAUAGGAGAUGCAGUGAGUUGGGUGAUGCAGAUCUUGAGUAUGGUGAGCCGGAUCAAAUUAACAGGGAAUCAUCCGAAUGUCCUUCACAAAGUUAUCGUUUUGUGGAUCACUGGACUCCUCCAAUGGAUCGCCAUCUUAUAGACCUCAUGUUGCAACAAGUUUAUCUUGGCAAUCGAAUAGGUUCCUCUUUUUGUGAUGAGUCAUGGGCAGAGAUGUCUUUGUCAUUUGUAGACAGAUUUGGUCUGCCUCAGAGAAAAGCUCCCUUGAAAACCCGUCACAAACAUUUCAAGAGAAUAUAUGAUGACUUAGAGAACCUUCUUAGUCGGAAAGGAUUUUCGUGGGAUGAGAAAUUGCAGACGGUUAAGGCCAACAACUAUGUUUGGGAUGUGCUCUUCAAGGAUUACCCAGAUGCAAAAUGUUACAGAGGCCGGCGAUAUCCAAACUAUAAUGAAUUUUUCCUGAUUUAUGGGGAUUCAGCCUCUCAUGCUAUAGCUCCCAGACAUAAGAAUGACUACGCAAAAAGGACAGACUGGACACCGCCUAUGGACAGAUAUUUCAUCGAUCUAAUGCUAGAACAAGUGCGUCAAGGCAAUAAGUUAGAUAAAGACUUCAACAAAAUAGCCUGGGAUACUAUGGCCACAAAAUUCAUCUCCCUGUUUGGACAUCGACAUGACAGAGACAUGUUGAAGAGUCGAUUUUUGAUUCUGAGGAAAAGAUUCAACGACAUGAAAACUUUACUAAAGCAGCCAGGGUUUUUUUGGGAUGAAGCAAGGCAAAUGGUACUGGCUGAUCACUGUCUCUGGGAUGCGUAUAUCAAGGAACAUCCAAAUGCAAGAUCAUACCACAAAAGAUCUUUCCCUAGUUUCAAUGAUUUGUUCCUCAUAUUUGGUGAUAGGUGUACUGAUGGAUUGGAAAACCUGUCAUGUCUUUCCACGGAAUCAGGAAAUGUUCCAGAUAUAGGCUUUUGCAGAAGGACCGGAAAAUCUAGUGACUUCUGGGGAAAGAAACGGACUAGAAAUUUCAGAAACGGGGCCCUGCGCUGUAUGAUUGAUUCACUGAAUGAGCAAUUCAGGUUGCAGUGCUCCAAAUACUUCUCGGAAAAUCAGUAUCAAAGAUUGAUGAUGGAAUACAGAGAUGUAACAUAUCUUCUUAAGCAAGAUGGCUUUGAAUGGGAUGGGUUUUUACAGAUGGUGGUAGCCAAAGAUGAUGUUUGGGAAGCUCACAUCAAGGAGCACCCAGAAGCAGCAAGGUAUAGAGAUAGAAGCUUGACUGACUAUGAAGACUUAUGCUUGACUUUUGGCGACAAUGCUUCGGCUUUUGGUCCGGAACCGGAAGCCAAGGACUGCUCUGAUGGCAUCUAUGGAGGUCUGCAGUGCCCAGGAAUGGAUUUUAAGAUGCCCAGUCUGAAGAAACAGCUGAAAUCCCCAACUUACUCACCAGUUUUGCCUUCUAACCGGAAAGUGGAUACCUGUCGCGAUGUGAUGUUUGAGGAUUUGCAUUGUCCAGGAACCGAUUUUGAGACACCCAGUUCAAGAAAACAGCGAGUGUCUGAAACUUCCUCACCAGUUUGGUCUUCUAAGAGGAAACUGCACUGGUCUGAGACAUGUCGAGACCAUGAUACCACUGAAACUACUUUGAAUGCUUCAUCUGAUGGAAUCUUUGGAGAUCCACAGUGCCCGGUAAUGGAUUCUGAGUUGCCCAAUAAGAGAAAACGUCGAAAGUCUCGGGCUUUCUCAUCUGUUUGCUCAUCUAACACAAAAAUACUUAGACCCGAGACUUGCAGAGACUGAGGCCAUUGAAACGGUGGUGGAUGCUCUCAGGGCCAUACCCGGAUGGACUGUGAGCUGUUUCUGGAGGCUUGUAGGGUCAUGGAGGACGAGAGGGAAGGAAACCAAGAAGCUUGUGGAUAUGGAUUUGGAUCGCCGGAGCAAAUGGCUAAGUAGAAAGCUCAUGAAAUGAAAACUUAUCCCAUCUUGCUACUAGGAAAUUGGGCUUCUUUCUGGCUCAUAGAGCUCUUUAUCUUGUCAAAAAAGGCUAAUUUUGUUUCCUUGAUA